GCACACGCCGGUCACCAAACAAAUGAAAUCAGGCGCAUCUGAUGCUGUGCAUUACAGAGUACAGCCCGAUGCGAGGAUUUACCUCAAUCCAGGCUAAUCCAAAAUGGCUGUCACGCAAGCCCUAUCCGUGAGCUGCAGCCUGAAGCUGGGUCUCCAGCGAGGUCUUGCAGUCGUGACGACCGUGGUUCACCUUUCACUCCUCACGCCAAGACUGAUUUCAGCAGCAACCAGUAUCGUUGCACCUUAUUGUUCCCCUCCCUCUUUACUCUCAUACAUGAUUCUUGGUUCUUACCUUGCGCAACACCGAUCAACUUGCUCAACGUUGCGCGAUGGCUGCAACCUCUGGAGCAACUGGGUCUGGAGAUCCAGACAUGAUAUUGAUUGGUGAGCUCAUGGAGGAGAUUUCCCGACGCCCACCCGCCAUCUCUGCCAGGAAGCUUCUCACCGAACAUUAUAUCGCCGUUGGUUGGGUUGAGGCUGCUCUCGAUAAUGCGAAGGGGCUCAAAUCACUUGCGCCUGGAGAUAUUGAGGUUCUAGGGUUUCUACGGAUGCUUGAAAAGAAAUCUGAGCCACCUGUACCUGAUAAGUCAACACUAUCCUCACCGCCAAAGCAAGCUACAGGACAAGUGACCACCGAUGGGCUUGUGUGGGAUGUCAAGACAGGUCGAUACAAGAAGAAGAUGACAGUGAAGCCUACUGAGAAGACACAACAAGCCCCUACUGACAUUGGCGAUGACAUCGAUGCAGCCCGACAAGAUCUAGCUACGGGCUACCAAGCUCUUCGAGCCAGAGCUGGCUUCAUAUUCAGCGAUCUUAUACAUCUGCAAGCCUUCCAACAAACGCAAAGUAUUCUCCCAUCCAGAAACACUGCUAGGAUUCAACGUAUUGUUGAUGGGCACGUAAAUACAUCGCCACAGUCAUGUUCUCCCGGUACAACAGCCCGCGCUAUGCGAAAUAGCCCCGACAAUGCCGCAGCGAUUGCUGUGACAGAUAUGGAGGAAGCGAUGAGAUGGCACAAAGACACUCUUGGAGGCACCCCAGGUACGAUUACCGACACGCUUCGCGACGCUCUCGUCAAGCGCAAGGCCGCGUUAGAAGUCGCGUUACCAGACGACCUUAAGAUCCAUUGCGAGGUUGCGCUCAUGCACCUCGAGCACGAGCAACUCGGCCGUAACUAUGCAAACACGGAGACGAUGUACGGUGACGCGAUCAAAGACAUACCGCGUUCUAACUUCUACGUCACCGAGGAUAAUUAUGCGUGGGAUAUGGAGGAACUAGUUGCUGCUAUCAAGGCUGGCAGUGGGGUGCCGCGCAAUCCGUUGAGCAAGCAGAUGUUCACGCCAAAAGAUGUAAAGGGCAUAUACAUGCAUCCGCUCGCCAGACCGCUCGCCGCACUUGCAGUCGAGCAGAAGGAAAUGUCCAGAGGAGUUCGCCCCGAAACCGUAGCUCGCAUGGAGAAACUGUCAAGCAUUCUACUUGAGGAUCAGUCAACCGACACCUUGCCGAGCCGCCAUGCGGUAGAUGAGUUCCUUGCAUACAUUGCGACCUUACCCGAACUAGAACAGAAAGCCGUAAAUGGGCUCAAAUGUCCUGCAAAGGAUAGUCACACUGGUCAAGCCUACGACUCGAGCAUUGGCGAAGCGGUACGUGAUGCUAAAGGCAACAGAGUAUGCUUUCACAAAACUGGAGAUUUCAUUGGGCAGGCUGCUGCGUAUUUGCAACAGCAGAAAGGUCUUGCUCCCGAUGGAGAGAAAUGUAGUAUCAUGUGAGGAUCAAUGACGAUCACCGUUGUCGUGGCCGACUUAGCCGUUGGCAACCACGUAUCAGGUCAGCCAAGCAAUCUUGAUAAUGCCAGCGAGCACAUCUGGACGCAUUUCCUUCGAUCUACGGUAACUCGGUAAUAGCUCGGCGACCGCAGCAUGGGCAGGUGAGGUCUUUAAGUGAGACAACAGUAUGUCUUAGCACAAUGGAUUCUGAGGC